AUGGCAGAUGAGGGAGUCAAUAUUGCCCUAGCAGACAUGGACCCUCCCGCCCCAGACCCCGUUCAUGGCUGGAUGGUCUGGCCGGAUGAUUUCACAGCUGAAAAUGGCGGCGUGGAUGAUACGCACCCAAAUGACUAUGGAUAUGCAAAGAUGGCCGCAAUUUGGUAUGAUGCAAUUGACAAGGCAUACAGUAAUGAUCUCAUUCACGAUGCCGCAGUCACUAGUGCUUCAGCAGGCGGAGGCUCUUGCGAAAAAUCAUUUGGCGAUGGCAUCUACGCCGGUGGUCUUACGCAGCGGGCAAGUGGUGAAGAUGACGGGAUUUACCACCAUGCGAGCGAAAGCAAAGGUGUUCAAACGUCGUUUUGGGAUCCAAAAGAUGAUUUGAUUGAGAAGAUUUUCUUUGCUCGUCUUAUCACCCCUGCUAAAGAUGAGCUUGUGAUCUAUGAAAAGCAGUUCGAUAAAACAAAAGAGCAUAACUUCGAUGUGUAUGACGACUGCAUCCCGAGGGGCGUUCAAUUUAUUGAUAUUAACGGUGACGGGCUGGACGACUUUGUCUGUAUUGCUAAGGACGGAACAGCCUAUGCUAGUGUAAAUAAUGGUGAUGGCACGAAGUGGAAAGCGCCAACAUUUACACGCAUUGGAAAAUGGAAAGAUAGUGAAGAAGAGCAGAUUAUUGUAUUAUCGCUGAUAACGGUGAUAUCGAAUGCUGGCGAAACGGAUGGAUUGAGAUUUACGGGCAAGGGCAUGGGCGAUAUCGCGGGUAUGCGAUUUGAGGAUAUCAAUGGCGACGGCUGUGAUGAUUGGCUCUGGGUUGACGAAGAUGGUACAACCACUACCUACACGAAUUCCCGAAGCUGUAUCAAGGGCAAGGAGGGGGAUGGGCUAAACAUAGUUUGGCGUCAAGGAUUUCAGAAAGGCAAGAGCUCUGGGCCCACUCAUCUAGGAAUGUCAUCCUUUGGCAAGUCUAGUCUACGCAGCCACAUUUUCUUUACUCGAAUAUAUGGGGAGCCACAGGAUUUUGGACUUCUCGGUCGUCAGGACUAUAUUUUCGUUGAGAGAAAAGAGGCAGACGAUGGAGAUAGAUACGAUUACUAUUUCUAUAUAUUCAAGAACGUCGGAUCCGGAGCCACGAAAAUCAAGUAUAUAGCAGAUAGAAAUCGGUACUGCAAUAUGAUGGGCCACGUCGACGGUCGUAUGGACUAUGUUUGGAUCCUUUCUAAAGGUGAUAUGCGUAUCUACCCCAACAAAGGAAUGAAUGACUUUUCAGACUCUUUAUCGAGCUAUUGGGGGGCCAAUUAUGUCAUUUUUGAUCCUGCAAAACUUUCCAUCGGUAUGGACUUAGAUCGUCGGGACCUUCAUCUUGUCGACUGGGAUGGAGAUGGUGUAUAUGAUAUUAUUUGGACAGACCCUAAAAAUAACAAUAAGCCUUAUCUGUGGCGGAAUAACAUUAAGAAAACCGGUGAUUUUAACUGGAAAUAUGACGCAAAUCCCGCCCCAGACCUUAAAUGCUUAGAGAAAGGGGGAGUUGGGUUUUUCGACCGGCCAGUUUAUCUAGCAGAUAUUACGGGCAGUAUGGAAGGAUCUUACACUUACUUUCCUGAUUUGAACGGUGAUGGACUUGCUGAUAUGCACGCCAUCAUACACUCCACAAAAAACACAGCGAAAACCUGGUACAAUGGCUGCACUGGAAAGAAUCAUGUCGGUGAUAAUGGCCCUAUUGAAGAUCCAGAUCUACCUAUCCUACCUCAAGAAGACGGCGUGAUUAUUCAUUAUAAAGAUGGCUCCUGCUCGAGAAACUGUCCCAACUAUGAUUAUAUCCAAAUUGAUAAGUCUCCUAUUUUGGGCAUUAAUCGCUAUGCCUAUUUUGGAGACUCCAAUAACUACGGCAAGCUAAUUGAUACUUGGCUUGACGCCGAGAAGCUGACUUACGAAAGUCAUGCGUGCUCAGGAGAUACUACGGUCGGACUUAAUGGUCAAAUUGACACUUGGCUUCACAAUGAUCCCAAGUCCACCAACAUCGGCACCCUGACGAUGGGAGGAAACGAUGUGGGAUUUAGCGACUUAGUCAGGAACUAUAUCAUUACAUCGGGGUGGUAUGACAUCGACACUUAUCGAAAGAGUUGCUUGGAGGCCGAAUCGAAGGCACUGGAUUACAUUUAUAAUUCCGGCGAUGGUAGGCUUGGAGCAAAGUUAAGGAGCGCGUACAAGCGUAUAGUCAAUGGUGCAAAUGAUAAUUUCCAUCUUCACGUUCCGGGCUAUGGAUCUGUAUGGGAGGAGAAGCAAAACCCCGAUAAAUACGUUUAUUUGACUCGUGAUUUGCGCAAAGAACUUAACAACCUAGUUGGCGCGCUGAAUGAUCUUAUCUCAGCUACCAUCGCGGCCGCCAACAACGAGCUUAGUUCUAAACGGAUCCACUAUAUUGACAUGCAGUCUCACUUUGAUAGUCAUCGAUGGUGCGAAGCAGAUGUUCGUGAACCUGAUCCCAACGGAAAUAGUUUCUUUUUUCUUACUGGCUGGAAUGACCAAGGUACAAAUGAUAUUACUAUGGCGGGCCUGAGUGUGACCGAGGCGGAUGAACUUUAA